AUGGCCUACGGCGGCCACUUCCCCGAUACAGAGGAGCUGACGCAUAUGUGCCAGACCGACUGCCUCCAGGCGCUCGAGUCGCUGCGUCAGGCCCAGACAAGCCGAUGCGCCGAUGACGUCUUGGUGGCAAGCCAAGUGACGACGGGAAAUCCUACAAGCACGGCGGCCACUCCGACAAGCACAAGUCCCGAGCCGGACAAGUCUUGUGUCAGCACCUACACCGUCCAAGCCGGCGAUGUUGACUGCCACUCCAUCACCGUGUCCCAGGGCGUGUCUCUCAACCAAAUGCUCUACUUUAACAACCUUCAGUCAGGCUGCGCUGACUUUCCCACGGGGGCCGGGACGCAGCUCUGCAUGUCGCACACGUGCGAGAAGUACACGGUACAGCAGAACGACACCUGCGGCUGCGACAACCUCGCGCUGCUCGUGGGCGCGCAGAUCUGUGUCAGCUUCCCCGGGGACGUGACCAGCACGCCGAUCACGACACGUCCGCCACAGUCGAAAACCGUGGCACCAAUCCCGACCAACGUCGUGGAGGGUACCAACACGCGCUGCAGCCGCUACUAUGAGGCCAAGCCUGACGACACGUGCGGGUCCGUCUCGACUAACCAGGGCAUCGCGCUGCAAGACUGCGUGGCCGCCGUGAGGGACAUCGGCACGUAUACGGGCUACAGCGGCGGCAGCGGCCCGACAAACCCUUGUGUGGCCGGUACGACCGUGGCCGACGCGUCCAGCUGUUAUGCCACCACGUACGCAACCACGGAUCUGUGGACGUUUCCCGUCCUCAACAUCACCGCCAGUACCACCUCCACUGCGACCAGCAGCUGGACUUCAGUCUCCGUGACCCCCGUCGCCCCCUAUCCAGUCACCGAGUCCGCCGAGCCGAUGCCCACGCCGCACCAGGCAGGAAUGGCAAGCGGAUGCACCGACUUCUAUAAGGUCGUCGAGGGUACAACGUGCGCGGCCAUCCUGGACGGAUUCGCCAUCACAUGGUUCGACUUCAACAACAACCAUGGCAGCAACCACCAAGACGACAACAAGCGCGACGGCCACAAGCAGCAGCAGAAGUAG